GUGAUGCUGAGCCGCUCCAGUGAGUCCAGUACGAUGGUUUGACGUAGGAACUGGGAGGGGCGGGGCUUGUGAUUCGUAUUGAGUCUCCAGUGAAUCACCGACAGAGCCGGUCUGUCUUUCAUUCAUCACCGGAACUGUGCAGCUCGCACAUCAGCCGUGACACCGUUCACCAUCCUGUCUCCUCCGACCACCGACACCAAGGACACUACCACCGGUCAUCAUCCGCGGCGGGGCUGCGUGGGAAAAAUGACAUGGAGCCUGCUAUCGUGCAACAGGGUGGUAUGCUUAUGUGUUUGCGUCAGCAUGGAGCCUACUGGCAUGAAGCACUGGAGCCAAGGAUCUACCCAGGAGACAUGAAUGAUUUUGGUGUCCAUGUUCUCAUCACUUGACCAACAGGAAAAUCUACUGAAGACAUGUUGUUUCGAGAUGAAGAUUGAUACCAGCCUGACUAUGCCCCAACUCCCAGAGGCCCUAUCCCAGGCAGGUCUUCAGUUUGCUGUGGCCACUGAGGAGGACUUUGAUGAGAUCAUGGCUAUGAGCCAGGACAUCUAUGGAGGCCUUGACUACUUGCCCACUAGAUACACCAGCUGGUUGCAGGAGACCAACCGCACAGUCAUAUUGGCCCGCAAACAGGGAAAAGUGAUUGCUCUGGAAUCAGGUGUGGUCAUUGACGAUGGUGAGACCAUGCUAGUGGAAGGUCUCCGUGUUGCCCCUCAGGAAAGGGGCAAGGGUGUCGCAGGAGUUCUUCUACGUUUUUGCUGUGAACUGGUCAAAUCCAAGUAUCCAGAGGUCAAAGUGAGCCGCCUGACCCGUGAUGACCAGCUUGGACCCAAGGACUUUCAGAAGUAUCGCAUCAUAACCAAACAGGGUAUUCUGCUGGUGCGGUUCAGAGCUGAAGAUCUCAAGCUCCGUCUAUCUGAGCUUGGUCUGGGUGGAGACAUCCAAUCCUCUUUGUCCACCAGCUCAAACUCUCCUCCAGUGCGUCUUGACCAUACAGCUAUCCACCGUCUGUAUCUGACCACUGACCUGAUGCAGGGGGUCCUUCCUAAUUCCACCAUCAUUCAAGACUGGCAGCCAUUCAAACCUUUGCCCAGUAAUAUGGCCAUCCUACUGAAGAAGGACAUUGACUGGAUGGUGGAUGAUGUGUCCAACCCUACUGUGGCCAGCCUCUGUACUUUCCCUUUCAGGGUGCCCAUUGGAGAUGACUGGUAUUACCUGAAUAUUGACAUGUUUGGAAAAGACCUGGACCUGGCUCGGCAGCAGUUCUUAUGCCACCUGCAGCGCCACACCACCAUCCUGAAGGGUCAUGUGAUGUGCCAGAUGUUCCUGGACCCACCACUGUGGAAGCCCAUGGCCGAAUUCUGCCGCAACACCUUGAGCGUGGAGCUGGUGAAGGAGUACACUGAGCAGUGCGUGGUGGAGUCAGACAUCAUCUAGUUAAAGAAGGUGGAUGGAAAGGAGUAGAAGAUGAGGAAGCCAGAAAAGAAUGAAGAUUAGGGUCUAGACAACUACGAAUGGACACAACUCAAUUACACUUAACAAAAAACACAACCCACUUUACUGAAAAGACAGAAACCAUGCAAACAAAAUGGAGUUUCUACAAAACAAAACUUUUAACAAUUCAGUGAGUUUGACUUAAAAGUACACAAACAAAUACUUGGUGUGGACAUAAAAUCACUAACAUAGGUCUGUUACAAAUACUAAAUUUGUAAUGAUUCUAAAAUUCAAUCAGUGUUAGAAAUGUGGUGACACUACUACUACCAUUUUUAAGGCUGUAAUUUUGAGGUCUAGUUAACAUUUCAUGCCCCUGGCAUAUAUAAAUCAUGGAUCAAAAACAGACAAGUGGGAAA